AUGGAUGCAAAAGCAUUGUUGAAGGAAGCAAAAAAUGCUAUGAAAAAUAAGGAUUUUCAAAAAGCUUUGAAGCUAUCAAAGUCAAUCAUCAAAGAAGAUAGAAACAACUACACAGCAAUAGUACUUUUGGGAUUAGCUUUACAAGAAGUGGGACCUCUAGACAAUGCCCCGAAAGCAUUCAAAAAAGCGAUAGAUUUGAACCCAACAAAUCCUUUUGCUUGGAAAGCCUUAAUUAGUUAUUUUGAAAAAUUAAAUAAGGAUGAUGCUAAAGAAGAUUUAGUUAAAGCUUAUUUAUCUUACUUGGCUAUAGAAACAGAUGAAUCAAAACUUGUAGAUUACUCAAAAAAAUUAUCUCAAGUUAAUGGUGAUAUUAGACAAAUAAGCCAAACUCUAAUUGAUAUUAGUCAAAAAUGUUCUUCUGGGGGUAAAAUAGAAAUUUUAAAAUUGGCUGCAUGCCUUCUAGAAUCUUUUUCUGAGGAAGACAAACCACUGGACAUGUAUGAACAGUGCCUCUCUAUGUUGUCAGAAACAUCAUCGAUCCCAGAAAACUUUUAUCUAGGCUACUUGACUUUAAUAAAUAAAAAAAACUUGAAGGAAAAGGUAUUAGAACACUCCAUCAAAAUGCAUCAACUAUUUCCAUCCAAUGUAGCAGCUCUUAGUUGGAUUUGCAAACUUUUUAAUCAAGCCUUUAUUGAAGAAGAUCCAAAAGUUGUGUGUGAUAUUGCAGAAUAUGUGAAGAAACUUUUAGAAUUGGAUCCCAAGAAUGCUAUGGGAAUAUUCACUGAAGCAGUACUUUUGUUUAGUUCUAAUAAUGCUUUGUUGGCCAGGGAAAAACUUUUAGAAGUGACUACCCAACGGCCUGGUUUAGUUUAUGCUUGGAUACUUUUAACAGAUGUAUUAAUUAGGCUCAAUUUAAGGCAAGAAGCCACAAUUGCCCAUCUUAAAACCCAAAAAUUAGUUAAGCCAUUAAGUGAACCGGGUUUUAUGCAGGAGAAACUUAAUCAUCAAGAAGUAAAUUUGCUAGCUUUAUCAACUGAAAGAGAGGAUUGGGAAAAAGCUAUGGAAAUAUUCAGUGACAAGGAUUUCAAGAAAUCAAAAUGUUUACCAGCUAUUAUAAAAAUUUAUUUAAAUUUAGAUCGUUUGACAGAGGCUGAAAUAAAUAUAUCUGAAUUAAAAUCACUUGACCAAAAUAUGGCAGAAUAUUUCAAAUUUUGUCUUUAUAAUAAACAAAGAAAUUUCACAAAAGCUAGAGAAUUAAUUGAAAAAUCUGUUUGCAACUUUACUGAAUGGUGGAUCGAAGUUGGUUUAUUUUAUUGGGAUUUGGAAGAGUUUAGUAAGUCUUUGGAACCAUUUUUGAAGGCUGCGAAAUGCGACCCCAAUAACCACAUGUGCUUCAUAUAUUUGGGCCAAUACUACAACAAAUUUGGACAAAAUGAUAAGGCAAGACGUUGCUAUGAAAAAGCCUUUAAAUUAAACUCACUUUCUGCAGAAGCUGGCAGUGAAUUGAGUAAAAUGUAUCGGAAACAAAAAAAUUGGGAAGCCAAUUUAACAUUACUAACAAGCCUUACUCAAGGUACUGUAGAUAAUACAAAUAUAUGGGCAUGGUUGCAAUUGGGUUUGACAUAUUUAGAACAAGGAGACCCUGUGAAAGCAAUGGAAUAUUUAAGGGUUGUUUUACGACGGGAACCUGAAAAUAUACAUUGCUGGGAAUCUUUGGCCGAUGCAUAUUUCGCAAAAGGGGCUUUUACAUCUUCCUUAAAAUGUUAUCAAAAAGCUUCAGAUUUGAGUGGGUUUUCUUUAUAUUCUGCUUUGCAAGUUGCAUAUAUUAGAAAAAUUCUGGGUGAAUAUGUUGAAGCUAAAGAAGAUUUUGAAAAUAUUUUAGCAAAAAAUAGCGAUUAUGUUCCUGCGUUAAAAGGCCUAGGAGAAACGUGCUUGUGCCAAGCAAGAGAAUGUUUUAACAAUCAACAACAUGGUACUGCACGGGAUUAUGCACAAAUUGCUUCCAAUAAAGUAACACUAGCGAUUUUACAAAGAAGUGAACUCACUUGCCUCUGGAAACUAUUAGCUGAUUGUGUACUCUUUGUUGCCAAACUACCUGACAAAUAUUCUUUUCUUAAAAUAUCCAAAACAUUACUCAGCGCCAACAAAUCAAACGAGUUUACAUUUUUGGAAAGUGAAGAAUUGUUUAACAUGGCUAUAAAAUUUUACUGUAAAGCAGUCAGUUUAUCAGACAACGACACUUUCCUGUGGCACGAUCUUGCAAAUUGCUAUAUCCGUUACGCUGGCCAUAUUGAAGAUAACCAGAAAAAAUGUGAACUAUUUGGUUAUGCAACUGCAGCAGCAGAACAUUGCACUAAUUUGAGCCCCGAAAAUUGGCAACAUUGGAACACUUUAGGGAUAAUAUCGAUGCUUAAAAGCUCGCCCAACUAUGCUUUAGCUCAACACAGUUUCAUUAAAGCAGUUAUAGCUGAAAGUAAUAGCGCAAUCGCUUGGACAAACUUGGGAAUUCUUUAUUUGCUUAUGGAUGAUUUAAAAUUGGCUAAUAAAGCAUUUGGAGAGGGCCAAAGAGCUGAUCCUUCUUAUGUGAAUAGCUGGAUAGGACAAGGAAUAAUUGCAGAGAUUAUGGGCAACUCUGAAGCUAUGGAUUUAUUUAGGCACAGCACUCAACUUGGCCAACAUCAACAGGGCAGCAUCGGGUAUGGACACUGGGUGUGUCAUAUGCUGAUAAAUAGCCCAUCUAGUGAUGAAUCCAUGCAAUAUAACAUUCAUAAUAUGCAUGCUAUCCCUGUGGCUUAUGAUAAUGUUAAUUGGUAUACAGAAAAGAAUCCACACAACGGCUGUGCCUGGAACAUGCUAGGCAUUCUAGCAGAAAGAAUGGGACUUCAAGAAACUGCCAAAAAAGCUUUCAAACAUGCUUACGUCCUAGCUCCUAGAAAACACAAAGAUGUAGCCAGGACAAACUACGGAAGAAUGCUAUCUAGGACAGGAGACUACAAAUCCGCUAUUGAUAUGUUUACAAACGUUGAAGCUGCUACAUUUAGUAGUGGAGGUGGAUUGGCUUUAGCGCUUUUCAGAAAUGGUCAAUAUGAAGAGUCCUACGGAGCCUAUGAGCAAGCACUUCAUUGGCUAACUGAAGAACAAACCUUCCAAUCUGAACUCUUAGUAGCCUUAGCUGCUAUGGCCUAUAAAUUUCAAGGUUUAGAUGGAGCUAAGACUUUACUAUUUCAAAGUAUUGGCCUGAAACCACCAUCCCCAUGGAGUUUAUAUGCAACUUUAUCCCUGUCUUUACUACACAACGACUUGAAGCUGGCUCAAUUAGUGCUCAAAGAAUUGGUUAAUUUGGAAACUCAAAUCAAACAAACAAAACCGGAAUAUGUAGAUUAUAUCUAUCAUUAUGCUUCGUUAUUGUCUUAUUUGUAUUCAUUAACGAAUGAGAAAAAGAGAGCAGUUACAGAAUUAAGUCGUUUAGUGCAAAAACAUCCUCAUAUAGGGUCUACUUGGCUGAUUCUUUCUCAAGUUUUACUAAGACUAGAAGAUGACAAACAUCGAUUACAAGCAGGUGCUAAAUGUGCUCAUGCAGCGCUGAAAUUGGGACAAAAUAAUGUGGAUGCCUCAAAAGUUUUAUGUGUAGCAGCACUAUCCUACCACAGAGCCGGUGACCUAAGACAAGCUAGAAUUUUUGCCCAAAAAGCAAUCCAUUAUUGCCCCAAUAAAGCUGACGGUUGGGUUACUUUAAUGUCUCUUUUAAUUAAGAAACAAACACCAAAUAUACCAAAAUAUUUCUUGAGCGAUUUGCAGAAGUAUUUUGAAGAGGUUGAGUGCAGCAACGAUAUUUUAACUUGGACAAAGAACAUAAUGGUAACAUAA